AUAUCCAGUCUACCAACGAGUACUUCACUUCAAAAGCACCAAAAACCGACAAUCCCAUGAGAAAAUCUACAUGAACCACCACCUCACUUCAGCAGCAGCAUAGGCUUCGAUACUUCACCCCAUCUAUCUUUUACUUCCAUUUUCAGACCAGAAAAAAGAAUGUCUGAAUUCAAGAAAACCUCAGUGUUUCCUCGGCAGUCUUCGUAUAAUUCCUUAUAUGCUAAUCCUCUCAGUGAGCUCAGGCAUAACCGGAGCUCCAGCGAAGGUGGGAAUUCAGGCAACAACAUUGUUCCCCUUGCUGUGCAUAUUCGAAGGAAUCUCAACCCUGCUAAUGUUCCUUCUGAUGACAAAGAGAAUUUUACUCCUAAUAGGACUCAAAUUGGGUGCUGGAAUGAUAAAGAAAAUGCAGGCUUCUGUAAAGGGAUUCGGCUAGACCCCGGGGAUUUUGUCCCUAAUUGUCCUAAUUUGAAUACGAAAGACAGGGCUUUGAAGCCGUCUUCACUUCAGCUAUGUAUGAAGAAACAUGAACCUGAUUCGAUAAUUGGGACCAGAACUUUGGAACCUGUUGAUUCUGGAACUACAAAUUCUGGGAAUAUUUGGGAUUACUCUGAUUCAGAGGCUGCACCAGCUUCCUCCUGGUCUACUCUGCCUAAUAGGUCAUUGUUAUGUAGGCCUUUACCUGUGGACAUUGGAAGGUGUACUUGUCUCAUAGUGAAGGAACCAUCUCCAGAAGGACUGGAUAAAGGGACCCUCUACUCUCUUUACACUCAUGAGGGUCAUGGCAGACAAAACAGAAAGCUUGCUGUUGCUCAUCACAGAAGGCGAAAUGGAAGAUCAGAAUUCUUGGUGGCAUCAUGUGUUAAGGGAUUAGUAAGUGGUCAGGAUGACAGUUUAAUUGGCAAUAUGACAGCAAAUCUUAUGGGUUCAAAAUACCAUUUAUGGGGCCAGGGAAAUCAACUCAAUCCCUUGACCAAACUGUUCAAAUUACUUGCAGUUGUAACGUUUACUCCUACCAUAACUACCUGGACUGGUAGUCAUAGAAGCAUCAAGGCAUGGAUACCAAAGCAUCAAUCAAUGCAGCUAAAGAACGUGACUCAGCAUAUCAAUGGACUACCCCUGGAUUGGAAGGAGAAAAUGGACAAAGUACAUCAACUGUUCUCAAGGGUUCCACACUACAAUAAGAUUUCAAAGAAGUAUGAAUUAGAUUAUAGAGACAGAGGAAGGACAGGACUUCGGAUCCAGAGCUCAGUAAAGAAUUUCCAGCUGACAUUGGAGAAGAAUGGAAGGCAGACAAUCCUCCAGCUUGGAAGGGUGGGGAAGUCCAACUAUGUGAUGGAUUUCAGAUAUCCCAUGACUGGAUUUCAGGCCUUCUGCAUCAGUUUGGCUUCUAUUGAUUCAAAGGCCUGUUGCACAAUGUAACUACAAUAUCCUGUUGGCAAUGCAACAGCCAAAGAUGAAGCCACUGAUUCAUUGGCUGACUUCCUCCGCCAACAAGGGAUAGAGGUGCCAGGCAUACUAUUCAAAGCAGAAGUUCGUUUUGAAGAACUGAAGCUAGCAUGUAUGUAACUCUAAGCCAGUAACAUAGGUAGAAGAAGCAAGACCAGGGUAUUAGACACACAAAAAGCAGCAGCAACUUUCAUUGACUAUGAUUUUCUUUUGGUUUUAGUUCUUUACAAGCGAGGGAAAGAUAAUUUUUAGCGAGUUCUUCGGUCAUUAGCUAAUUCUUAGCUUGAUUUGGGGGGCCUCCACAGUUGAGGUUGAGGCUCUAAGUAACAUUCUGAUUUCUGAUUUGUGAAUACCAUACUUUGGUAACAUGCUAGGCGACUAGAGAUGAUUAAAUGGAGAUAAGAGAAAGUAUCAGAUUCUUCUCCAAUCUUUUCUUUUGCACUGUUCUGUGUGAUCUUUAUGUGGGAAUUUUGAAGCAUUUCCUGUAGAUAGAGGAGAUCGGCUAUUGUAUAAAUUUAAGACCUCCGAGUGGACCAAUUCUAUCAAAAA